AUGGAUAGCUCAUUGGACUUCCUUCUCAAUGAUGUAAAAAUACCAAAAUUCGAUGAUAGUUAUGAUCUUUUGAACCCACCAUUUCAAGCAGGCCCUCUAAACUAUGUAAAUUUCGGCUCUCAAUUACCAAAAAUUCAAGAUUACGAACCUGAUGUACUUAGAUUCGAAAUAACACCACCAACAAUGAUGAUGGAACCAGUGAGAGAUGUUAUUACUGGUGAAAUCGAAUCUUAUCAUGAUACACCAAUUGCAUCAGUUGCAGCUGAUGAUUCUUCAAUCAAUAGACCAAUCAGCAGUAUAGACGAUUACCACCGUGGUGCAGCAACCGGUGUAGCGUUUACUCCAGGUGGAUUUGCACAAAAAGCCAUAGCCGAUCCAGCAGAACUCCCACAAUUCUUACUCGCACUCGAAACAGGUACGAAUUUAUUAUCAACACCACUUUCUGAAGAAACUUUGCAAGCACAAGAUGGAUCAUUACCAGAUUUACCAGAUCUUCCUACAAUUAACCCAACAGCCGCACCUCAAGCAUCAAAACAACAAAUAACAGAUCAAAUUAAGUCAUAUGCGAUCAAAGAUGACUGGGAUCAUAAAAAAUUUGCAACAGAAGUUCCAAAUCCAUCUCUUACUUUUCCAUUUCCUUUGGAUCCAUUUCAAAUUCGCUCAAUGUAUCGCCUUGAACAAGGUCAAACAGUAUUUGUCGCCGCUCCAACAUCAGCAGGAAAAACAACUGUCGCUCAAUAUGCAAUUGCAUUAGCAAGAUCUCAUAAAAUGAAAACAUUAUAUACAUCACCGAUCAAAGCUUUGUCAAACCAAAAGUUCCGCGAUUUACAAAAACAGUUUGAUGACGUUGGAAUUCUUACAGGAGAUGUUUCUAUAAAUAGGGAUGCAAGCUGCUUAAUUAUGACAACGGAAAUCUUACGUUCUAUGUUAUACCAUGGUGCAGAUAUCCUAAGAGAUGUAGAAUGUGUCAUAUUUGAUGAAUGUCAUUAUAUAUCUAAUGACGAAAGAGGUGUUGUAUGGGAAGAGUCAAUUAUUUUAUUACCAUUCCAUAUAAACAUGGUCUUUCUCUCUGCAACUGUUCCAAAUGCCAUGGAAAUUGCGGAUUGGAUUGGAAGAACUAAGCAAAGAAUGGUUUACGUUGAAGAACAAAGGUUCAGACCAGUUCCUCUUGAGCAUCUACUAUAUACGGGAGGUUAUGAAUUAUAUCCUGUAUCGAAACCAGGUUGUGGAGUUGAUCAAUUGGAAUAUCUUUAUGCCUGCAACUCUUUAACACAUGAAGAAAAUCCAUUUGGCCAAUAUAAUCCAUUCUUCUGGAAUGAUUUCAUUGAAACAAUUAAAAAAGCAAAUUUAAUGCCGAUUUUAAUUUUCUGUUUCAAACAGAAAAUGUGCGAAGACUUGGCCGAUAUUGUCAAACACGAAUGCUUCUUAACGAAACAAGAGCAAUAUCACGUAAAAGGCUUUUGUAGAAGAGCAUUAUCCAGAUUAAACAAAGAAGAUAGGGAUUUGCCACAAAUCCAAAAGACAUUCGAACUCCUUGAGAACGGAAUUGGUAUCCACCAUGGCGGAAUUUUACCGAUUUUAAAGGAAAUUGUUGAAAUUUUGUUGGCUGAUGGUUAUAUCAAGAUUCUGUUCUGUACAUCUACAUUUGCUAUGGGUAUUAAUGUACCUGCAAGAAGCUGUGCCUUCGUUUCCCUUGAAAAAUACAAUGGAAAAGAAGUUGCAAGUUUAACUUCAACUGAAUACGUCCAAAUGAGUGGUCGUGCAGGUAGAAGAGGCCUGGAUUCGGUCGGAACCUCCGUUAUUUUGUGUUUCGACCAAGUUCCAGAUUUCCAAUAUCUCACAUCUUUAUUCCAAGGCAAAACUGAAGCUCUUCAGUCACAGUUCAAGCUCAAAUUCAACACAAUACUUAACCUUUUGAGGGUUAGAGAUAUCCAAAUGGUUGAUUUGUUGAGGAGAUCGUUAAGUGCGAAUUUAAUUCAAUCAAUGAUGCCACAAUUGGUCCAACAACUGAAUGAUACCAAACAGGAAUUAUCCAACCUUCCUCCAAUCGAAUGUAUGAUCCAAGAUAUUGAAGAUAUGACGAAUUUCGGAUAUAACAUUGACGAAAUGAAGAAUAUCAACCAAUGGUUGUUAGAUCAGGUUGACAAUCGUUCCAUAUUAAAGCAAAUGACAAAAGGAAGAGUUGUUUUCUUAUUAAAUGAAAAACCUCAAUUAGUUUGCGUUAGAGAGGUCAUAAACGAUGAGAAAAUAGCAGGUAUUGAUAAGACUGGCGAGAGAAUCAUAUUCUCAACGAAUGAGAUCGGUGCAAUCUUCGCAAAACCAACAAAAUCUCAAGAAAGAAAGAAUGAAGAAGAUAUCAAAAGAAUGUUGAUUAAUUUCAACGAGCCACCUCUCAUUUGGACAAAAGUCAUUGCAACAAGUGAUUUUGACUUCGCUCAGGCUUCAAAUGAAUUAAUUAAAUAUUAUGACGCGGUCAGAUCCUCUCCAUGCGCUAAUUGUUCACUCCUUAAGUCACAUUUGUGCACAUACAAUAAGCAGCAAGAGCUUUUGGAUAGAAAAGAAGAGUUAGAACACCAAAUGCAUGAUGAAAGCUUGGCAUUCAAGCCAUUACUUGAUGCCCAUAUUGAUGUUCUCAGAGAAUUGGAAUACAUCAAUAACGAAAACAUUCUUUUGUUAAAAGGAAGAGUUUCAAUCGAAAUUACAACAGUUCACGAGAUUUUAGCCACUGAAAUAUUAUUUAGCGGCGUUUUCGAGAACCUUCCGCCAGAAGAAUGCGCUGCUUUAUGCUCUUGUUUGUGCUGUGAAGGAGUUUAUUCAUAUGAGGAACAGAGAAUCCUUCCUCCGAACAUUCCGGAUGCAUUAGAUACUUGCUAUAAUAUUGCUGAUGACUUACAAAAGAAGCAAGCUAUGUUUGGAGUUUUAGAUUUUCAAGAUGAUUUCUCUGAGAAAAACGUUAACCCUGUUUUAUGCCAUGUGGUCUAUGAAUGGGCUCUAGGAAGCUCAUUCUCACAGAUUACAGAUUAUACAGAUGUCGCCGAAGGAAUUAUCGUCAGAACAAUCAACAGAGUGAAUGAAUGCCUUAGAGAUUUCUCAAAUGCAGCAAAACUUAUGGGACAUAUGGCCUUAUCCGAAAAAUUCUCAUUGGCAACUGAAUUGGUCAAAAGAGAUAUUAUUUUUGCUUCUUCUCUUUAUUUCGAAUAA